CUACAACUAUAAUAGUUUGACAAUUACAAUUAAUACAGUUGGUAUAUAUUAAAUCGAGUAAAUUAACUGUGGUUAAUCAUAUAUAGUUAAUAGUUUUACAAUAAAUUAAAAUAAUUAUAAUAUUUAAAAGAUAGAGCAAAAAGUUAUCAAUACUAUAACAUUAUUUGAUAAUAUUGACAGAAACAUAAAAGAGAGAAAGAAAAUUGUUCUAUGAUAGAAAUAAGCAUACAUUUUCAAUGUGAGUUAGGGAGUGGAUAACUUAACUGGUUGUAAACUAUUUAAUACAGAAGUUAACAAUAGAAUUAAAUAAGUUGAUCAAUAUUUUAAAGUCUUCAAAGAACUUGUUUAUAGUGGUCACAGAGGUAUCUCAAAUCAUAAUAUUAUUGUUGUUUUAUAUCGAGCCAUGCUCACUGGAAUUCCAGAUACUAUAUUUUGGCUGACCAAAUUGGAUCAAAUUGUAAAAAACAACCCUUCAAUUUGUCCAAAAAAUUGUGGUCGAAAAUUUGGAGGACAAAAUCGAAAAGACUUUAUGUUAAAAAAGAAUGAUGGGUACGCUAAUGAAAAUCCUGUGUAUUGCCCAAAAAACUGCGGACGGUGUUACAAGGGUAUGUGGCGUAAAUACAACUUGCAGAAGCACUUGAAAUAUGAGUGUGGAGUAGCACCACAAUUCAAAUGCCUAGCCUGCCCAAAAAGCUUCUCAUUGAAAGCAAAUUUGAAAAUGCAUAUGCUAGUUGUUCAUAAAAUAAUUUUAGGUUCUAAUCACAAUACUAUGUCAUAAUAUUUUUUGACCAUUAUAUAUUUGACUUUAA